AUGCUUGAAGAAUUGAGAAUGUAUAUGAUGAACAAGCUGUUCACAGCAAAACUUAAUGGAUGGUCAAGUGAUGUUUCAUAUGAAAUAAGGUUGAAGUUGAAUGAGUUAAAGCUUAAUCAAAUGUUUUGGGAGGUAUUGCCAAGUGGACUUAACCAGUUUGAGACUAGGUCAAGAAGUGAGGCAUAUGAUGUUGAUUUAGAUAUGAGGACAUGUUCAUGCAGGAUGUUGCAACUUAAUGGUUAUGGGUGUGUUCAUUCUGUUUCUGCCAUUAGCUACCUCAAUAAAGAUGUGGAGAAAUAUGUGGAUCCUUAUUUUGUUAGAAAUAGAAGGAUUCAUGGUAGGAAAAAAACUAAAAGAGUUAGAGAUGUGAGUAAAAAGGGUGGAAAGCAUAGAGUUUCUAAGAAGGGUAAUAAGAUAUCAUGUAGUUUGUGCAAAGUGGAAGGACAUAAUAAGAAGACACGUCCAAAUGUUGAUAGGUCAAGACCAAACAAGUUACCAACUAGGGUUAACAGGACAAAGGCACCAAAGGGUGAAAAUGUGAAGAAAAGGAGUGCAGAAGUGGCAAGUGGUAGUAGGAUAGGAAUGGAUGGUAGGGAUACACAUGGUAGUAGGGUUAAGAGGACUAAGACAACAAAGGGUGAAAAUGUGAAGAAAAUGAUUAUAGAAGUGGCAAGUGGAAGUAGGACAAGAAUGAAAUGUGGGGAUCCAUAA